CAGCACCGUCAGGAUCAAGAUCGGAGGACGCACGUGGACACUGUUUACCUCACCAAGGAGGCUGGGACAGGCUGGGAGGAGACUACUCACCAUUGCUUAGUAUAUUUUGAGGACACGGGAGGCCUUCAUCCUGCUCCACUGCAAUAGAGAAGUAGGAAAGGAACACUGCUUGGUGAAAAAUGGGUGUGAGGUCAAGAAAGAAGGCUCGCAACAAGUCUCGAUACCGCAUUGCUUCCAAGAGACGCAAGGCAAGUGCACAGAAGAAGAUCAAUCCAGUUAUUAAUUGCUCAGCAGUCAAAUCGGCAUGGGACAGCAGCAAGCCCGCCUCCACCAAUGUGUCCAACAUGGGUCUUGUCUACAACCUGAACAAGAUUGGCCUGUCAGACAGUAAGAGUACACGACAAACACUUCUCUCUGGAAAAUUCAAGAAAAAGAAGCAGGGAAUUUCAAAAACUGCUGUACAACAACUAGAGGAGCAAGCAUCUAAGGAGGCUCAGCUUGAGAAGCCUGGUGUACGCCUCACCAAUGCACAAGUGGUGUAUGCUACUACCAUGCUAGACAAGUAUGGUGAUGACUACAAGGAUUCUCAUGAGCAUUCUCAUUUGGCGGAAGAGGAAGGUUUGAAUGAAGGGAGAGACAAUAAUGAAUCAACAAAUGGUACUGUGGAGCAAGUGACAGACAUGUCAGAAGUACAAGGAAAGUAUGCUACCGGUUCACGCCCUGGUGCCAGUAAGAGGAAGAUGCAAAAUUAUGAUCUGAUGGCAGAAGUUCUAACUACGAUGCGAGACCAUUUCAAGAAACCAAACAAAGAAGUACCUGAUCGUUAUGAAUUGUUUGGAAAAACAGUAGCCUGUAGGUUGCGAGGGAUGAACAAACAUUUGGCAUUAAUUACUGAAAAGAAAAUAAAUGACAUACUAUUUGAUGCAGAAAUUGGUCAAGUUCAUUCACCAUCAGGCAGUUAUCCAUCAUCUACUCCAAGUCCAUAUAAUAACGCGUGUACUGCACCAUCUCCAUCUCCAACAUUUGAGCGAAGCGCUUUGACGAAUCUUCAACAUGGAGCACCUGGUUAUUCUAUCGCGCAUUCGGAGGAUUCGGUGGCAACCAUCUUCUCUCAAUAUAAUCCUAAUAUGUGAUGUGUCGACUCAUGACAUAAUUGCAAAUAGCAUAUAAAAUACUUAUAAAAUGCAAUAAAGUUAUGAAAGGAAGCCAUAUUACUUUUGCAAUAUCUGUAUUCACUUAAAGGAAUGUGAUGUUCUUAUUUCCAUGGACCAAUGUAGUACCUAAAUAUUUUACUUGUGUGAUUACAUUGAUGUAAUUGAGUUACAUAGAAGAUUAAUAGAAUUUUUUUUCCAUUUCAUUCCAUUAAUUUUGUUUUUGCACACUUAUAAGAAUAGGAUGUUCUUAUUUUCAUGGACCAAUCUAAUGCCUAAAUAUUUUUACUUGUGUGAUUACAUUGAUGUAAUUAAAUUACAUAGAAACAUUAAUAUAACUGUUUUUAAAUUUUGUUCCAUUAAUUUCAUUAUUGUACAACGAAAAGUACUUGAACAUGAAUUGGCAAAUCACAGGAAAUUUAAGUAUUUGUGCAAUGUCACUUUGUUUUUCUAAAAUGGUGAAUAAAUUUAUAAAAUACAUACCUGCAUAUACAUUCGCAAAACCUGGAACAAUGCGUCGCACGUUUCAGGGAUGAUUUUUCCAGGAGCUUGAGGAGAUAUUCUAGUGGAGAACUUAAGGCACUCAUGUGAUUGUCCUGUCGCUAGAAACCUUAAGGUAGCUGUUAGUCUUUCGUGAGGCGAUAUUGCACUGCGCAUUAUUGUAUCUUUCUUUUUAAUGAAAGGAGAUACCAGGGAAAGCAAUUUUUGGUACACAUUUUCACUCAUUCGUAGGUAAUUUUGAAAAUCUUUUGCUUCAUCACUUAUUUCUCUCAGUAAUUGAACAUCAGAAGAUUUAUUUCGCCUCAGCAACCACUUCUUGCACCACUGUUUGCGCUUCUUAGUGUUUUUUUUCCUAUUUUCUUGUGCCAUUACUAGUAAUACCCCGAGCGCUGCUAGAUCGUCCUCCUCGGAAUCCAUGGUUAAACUGAACGAUUCAACAGUGUGUGGCCGGCCUUAGGCCGGCCCUAGACGUAACUGUUUAUCUGAACGAUAUAACUGAUCAGAUAAAUCGUUAAGAUAAAACUGACGUGUAGGGGGAAAUUUGCGCAGAUUUUGAUCGUUUCAGAUGAACUGAUCGAGCGGCAUGAACAGUUGAAUCAUUCAAACUUUUUAUCUGAACGAUCUAAUGAUUGUUUUCCUUUCAGAUGAAAAUCUCACGUGUAGGGGGAAAACUGUACAGAUUAUCAGUCUAUUUGUGACUUAAAUAAAGUGUGCACGCCUUUUCCAGCUUUUCACAAAUACUUCAUUAUGAAUCGCAAAACAUUGGAGGAGUUUAUUGAAAUUUACCAAACCGAAGAGUGUUUAUGGAAAGUUAAGUGCAAAGAGUAUCAUAACCGUGACAAAAGAAACGCAGCAUAUGGAAAAUUAAUUCAAAAGUUAAGAGAAACAACACCUGAUGCUGACCGUGAUAUGGUUGUCAAAAAAAUCAAUAACUUACGCA